CAUUGGGGCCAGCCAGCACUGAGUGGGAGGGGAGAGUGCCCCCUACUGAGCCCCCCACCGGCGUUAGCACUGGCUGAGUGGAUUCCUCUGCAAGCAGCCAGCAGGAAACCCCCCAUUGUAGCGUGUGCAUUGAACGUCGGAUUUGUGAUCCUGAAGGUUUCUUCCCAGACGGGGGGGGAGGGGCGGGGGCUCCCCCAGAAAUGCUCAUCACUCAUCACAUGAUUUCUAAACCACUCCUGAUUUUUCACCCGGGUCCCAUGUUUUUUAAGCUCCUCUCGUGAGUGUGAAUGUUGGGGGCGAUUCAUUUUCGCGGGGGGAAAAUUCAGGGUUAAUUCCACUGAGUUCCCAAGCCGGGGAGAGAGAAGCAGGAAGUGAUCUGAAAUGGGGACGCAAUAACCUAGGGACCUUCCUGUGCCAGCCCCCCCUGGGCUCGCCUCGGAGUCACUCCUUGCAGCCUGUGUGGCAAGGGGCUGAAUCCCCGUCUGCAGUCCCAGGGCCCCGGAGGGAAUCGCCCUGGCCGGAGCGAUUUGCACCGGCUGUCCGGUCCGCAUGAAGAGGGGAGUGAUGGAGGGCAGGAUCUCCUGCCCUGUCUCCUUAUGCCCGGCUUCCAGGUGCCGGUGACGUUCAAGGAGGUGGCCGUGUGCUUCCGCAAGAAAGAGUGGGGUGACCUGGACGAAGGGCAGAGGCAGCUCUAUGGGGCAACUUCCACGAGCAUUAUGAAACUCUGACUUUGCUGGCAGGAUUCCCCGUCCCUGACCCGGCCAUGACCUCCCGGAUGGAGCGAGGGGAAGAGCCGAGGGUCCCGGAUCUCCAGGGCGCCGAGGAAAAGGAGAUCCUAAGAGGUGCCCGCACAGCAGGUGCCGGGACGGUGAGUGAGAAUGAAGAGGAAAAUCACCAGCGGGAAGGGCCUGUGGGAGUGAAGCCACAUGGGACGUCCCAGAGCCUCGAGCAGGGAGAGACCGUCGAGAGCCAGGCUGGGGCAGGGCUGGGACAGGGGAAGGCCCAGGCUAAAUCCGCACCCCAGGCACGGCACAGGCGAGUGGGCCGUGUCAUCUGUGGCGACUGCGGGAAGAGCUUUGUGAAGAACUAUGACCUCUUCAAGCACCAGCGGGUCCACACAGGAGAGAAACCUUACAGCUGCCCUGACUGUGGGAGGAGCUUCGCCUUCCACUCCACCCUCAGCAAACACCAGCACAUCCACACCGGCGCCAGGCCCUUCCAGUGCGCCGAGUGUGGGAAGAGCUUCCGGCAGAAAGGCCACCUGACCCGCCACAGCCGCGUCCACGCCAGGUUAAAGCCCUACGUCUGUGCUCACUGCGGGGCGGCCUACAGCACCCGCACCAACCUGCUGCGGCACCAGAGCGGCCACACCGGGGAGCUGCCCUACAAGUGCACGGAGUGCGGCCGGCGCUUCGGGGAGAUCGCAGCCCUGGUGGCACAUCUGGUGGCGCACUCUGGGGAGCGGGCCCACAAGUGCCCCGAGUGCGGGAAGAGCUUCCGGCGCGGCUCGUCGCUGACGGAGCACCGGCGGGUGCACACCGGGGAGAAGCCCCACGUCUGCCCCCAGUGCGGGGAGAGCUUCAUGCGCCGUGCCACCUUCAACGACCACGUGCGUGGCCAUUCCGGGGAGCGGCCCAAUGUCUGCGACGUCUGCGGGAAGAGCUUCACCAAGCGGCAUUCGCUGCUGCAGCACCAGCGGUCCCACACCGGAGAGAAGCCUCACCAGUGCCCCGACUGUCCCAAGAGCUUCAUCGCCAGCUCCGCUCUGGUGCAGCACCGCCGGAUCCACACCGGCGAGACACCCUACCGCUGCGAGGAGUGCGGGCGCAGCUUCAGCCAGCGCUCGGUGCUGACCACCCACCGGCGGCUGCACACCGGUGAGCGGCCCUACAAGUGCGGCCAGUGCGGGAAGGGCUUCAGCCAGAGCUCGGCGCUGACCCAACACCGCCGCACCCACACUGGGGAGUCGCCCUAUGGCUGCGCCCAAUGCGGGCGGAACUUCAGCGGCAUGUCGGCCCUCAAGCGACACCACCGGACCCACACCGGCGAACGGCCCUUCCGCUGCGGCCAGUGUGGGAAGGGCUUCAAGCAGAGCUCCACACUGGUCCAGCACACCAGGAUCCACACGCAGGAGAGGCCCUUCUCCUGCACCCAUUGCGGCAAGAGCUUCAGCCAGCGGUCGGCUCUCGCCAAGCAUCAGCGGACUCAUGCCAAGGAGAGCGGCGGCUCUCAUGAGGCCGUGGGGACGCGGUUCUACAAGGACCCCUUCGUUCAGCCGGGGGAGGGCGGCACUGAGCCCGAGGAGGUGGUGGUGGUACUCCCGCCGGGGACGUGGGAUUGUGAGAUGCCCCCCCGCGUGAAGGAGGAGCCGGGGACACCCCUGCAGGUGAAGGAGGAACCGGAGCUGCCUCAGCAGAUUCAAGAUGGGCCCUAUCGGGUUAAACAGGAGCAGCCGGAGCGGCCACAGGAAAUUAAAGAGGAACCAGCGCCCCCACUGCAAAUUAAAGAGGAGCCUGACCAACGUGCUGGCAGGGGAGACAGGGUGUUGGGGGGGAAGAAAAUAAAAAUGCCGUCCUCCACGGCUCUGCUCGAGUCCUGCUUGCAGUUCGGUCAAGCUGGGCAGGAAGUGGUCUCAGACAAGAUGGAUUCCCUUAGCCUCCAGCUGGUGCGACUGAAGUGUGUGUCUCAGGAGGAACUUCCAGGAUCCUGGAGUGCGCCGUCCCAGGAGCCCCGAGAGCGACGGGAAAGGGAUCAGCUUCCGCCCCAGAUAUCCGAGGAGGAGAGCGAUGACGAGCAGGAGUCCGUGUCAUCGACGCCCAUGGUCGGCUUCCAGGCGCCGGUGGCGUUCGAGGAGGUGGCCGUGUAUUUCUCCCGGGAGGAGUGGGGGCUCCUGGACGAAGGGCAGAGGCAGCUCUACAGGGACGUCAUGCAGGAGAAUUACCAGACUCUGAUCUCGCUGGGAGUCCCCGUCCCUGACCCGGCCGCGAUCUCCUGGAUGGAGCGAGGGGAAGAGUUGAGGGUCCCAGAUCUCCAGGGCUCCGAGGAAAGGGAGAUCACGAGAGGCACCGGCGCAGCAGGUGCCAGGAGGGAAAACCCCCAGCAGGAAGGGCCUGCAGGAGUGGAGCUGCACAGGACGUCCCAGAGCCCAGAGCUGGGAGUGGCAUCCGGUGGCGUGGGAUGGCAGCAGGGGAAGCCAUCUCAGCAGGAAAGACCCAAGACCGGUGGUCACCCGCGGGCAAGAGAGGGGCCCAUCAUCUGCGGGGAUUGUGGGAAAAGCUUCGGGAAGAGCUCGGAGUUCGUCAAACACCAGCGCACCCACACGGGCGAGAGGCCCUACCAGUGCCCUGACUGUGGGAGGAGCUUUGCCAUCCGCUCCAAUCUCCUCCGCCACCAGCGCAUCCACACCGGCGCCAGGCCUUACCCAUGUGCCGAAUGCGGGAAGAGCUUCCGCCACAAGGAGCACCUGACUCGCCACAGCCGCGUCCAUGCCGGGUUAAAACCCUACGUCUGCGCUCACUGCGGGGCGGCCUACAGCACCCGCACCAACCUACUGCGGCACCAGAGCAGCCACACCGGGGAGCUGCCCUACAAGUGCACGGAGUGCGGCCGGCGCUUCGGGGAGAUCACCGCCCUGGUGGCACAUCUGGUGGCGCACUCCGGGGAGCGGGCUCACAAGUGCCCCGAGUGUGGGAAGAGCUUCCGGCGCGGCUCGUCGCUGACGGAGCACCGGCGGGUGCACACCGGGGAGAAGCCCCAUGUCUGCCCCCAGUGUGGGAAGGGGUUCAUGCGACGCUCCAUCCUCAAUGGGCACCGGCGCACCCACACCGGCGAGCGGCCCAACGCCUGCGGGGAGUGCGGCAAAGGGUUUACCCAGCGGUCAUCCCUGCUGCAACACCAGCGCACCCACCGGGGUGAAAGACCCUACCCAUGUCCCCAAUGUGGGAAGAGCUUCAGCCAGCGCUCGGCGCUGACCACCCACCGGCGGCUGCACACCGGGGAGCGGCCCUUCCACUGCGCCCAGUGCGGGAAGAGCUUCAGCCAGAGCUCGGCGCUGAUCCAGCAUCAGCGGACCCACACCGGUGAGACCCCGCACCGCUGUGGGGACUGUGGGAAGGGCUUCGGGGACCGCUCGGCCCUCAAGCGGCACCGGCGCACCCACACGGGUGAGCGGCCCUACCGCUGUACCCAGUGCAGCAAGAGCUUCAAGCAGAGCUCAGCGCUGACGCAGCAUGUUCGCAUCCAUACCGGGGAGCGGCCCUACGUCUGCCCCCACUGCGGGAGGGGAUUCUCUCAGGGCUCGGCUCUGGCCCAGCACCAGAGGACUCAUGCCAAGGAGAAGAGCCUGUCGGACGUGCCCACUGCCAGCCGCCUGUACAGGGAUCCCUUCAUCCGGCCACGGGAUGUGGAGGAGGGACAGCAGGGCUGCCCCUGGGGACACGGUGCACUCAGCCAGGCUGAAAGAGAAGCUGCAGUGAUAGAAUCAUAGAAAUGUAGGACUCAAAGAGACCUCAAGAGGUCAUCAAUUCCAGGCUCCUGCGCUGAGACAGGGCCAAGAAACCCUUUCCCUGGCAGGUGUUUGUCCCACCUGUUCUUAAAAACCUCCAAUGACGGGGAUUCCAUAACCUCUCUCGGGAGCCUAUAGCAGAACUUAA